ACCAGUGACCAGUUGUGUCGCCUGUGUUGGCCAGUGACCGCUCGGUGGCCAGUGUAGAUGGAAUGUGUAAUUAGUGAGAGUAACACUUUGCAACAUACACAUCACUAAAGUGCGCUAGAUCAGGCCUACAGGCGGUAGUGGACAAUAUCACCGUAGGGCUGGAUCCUUCACACAAAACCAUGUCUGCCUACACCCAAUUCGGCUACACCUACCCAACGCCAGCUUCACAGCUCCUGGUGGGGCAGAGCGGCGGGGGGACGGCAGGUUCCGGAUGUUGCGAGGGCGGCCGGACCAUCAUGACGGACCCGGUGAGUGGCCAGUCCGUGUGCUCGUGCCAGUACGACCGCCUGGCACUCGGGUCCUACCCAAGAAUCGGCUCGGGCCUCGGAGCUUCGGGCACCGUGUACGGCACCACCUACACCUCCAGUGAGCAGAACCCUUACCCGUCCAUCGGCAUGGACUCAUCCGCAUUCUACAGCCCGCUGAGCUCCGGCUACGGCAUGAAGGAGGGCGGCGCCGGCGACGUCUCUAUGUACGGCAGUGGCCUCGGGGCUUCGCCGGCAGGGUAUUACCCCUACGACCCCACCUUCGCCGCCUACGGGUACGGGGCCGGCUACGACCUCGCCGCCCGCAGGAAGAACGCCACCAGGGAGUCCACAGCGACGCUGAAGGCGUGGCUGAACGAGCACAAGAAGAACCCUUACCCGACCAAGGGCGAGAAGAUCAUGUUGGCGAUCAUCACCAAGAUGACUCUCACACAGGUAUCCACGUGGUUUGCAAAUGCUCGCCGUCGCUUAAAGAAAGAGAACAAGAUGACUUGGGAACCCAGGAACAAAACAGACGACGACGACGCUAAGUUGUCUGAUGACGAGGACGACGAGAAAGAACCCGGAGACAAGGAAGACGAUGAUAUCAAGAAGGACGACAAGGAUGGAGACGCUACGAUGACGGAGACGAAGGUGGAGGAAGGAGAAGGCCAGACGGAGCUGAAGCCGUGUGAGGGAGGAGUGGUGGGGGGCACAAAGGCUGUCACCGCUGCCAUCUCCCCCACACCCACACUCCACCCCACCAACCACUUCACCGUGCCUAAGGGAGAGAAGAGUGACUGUGCGGUUUCGCUGCCUUCCGCCAAACCCAAGAUUUGGUCUCUAGCCGACACAGCAGCUUGCAAGACUCCCCCGCCUACGGGUGGCCCACCUGGCAGCGGGUGGCUUGCAGGUGGCACCACAUUCCCCCUGCCGCCCACCAUCCCUCCAGCCCAACAGCAAUACACACGGUUUAAUCACCUUAUGACCGGAGUUAACCCAGCACAAUAUAUGGCAGGAUACAGUGAUGGCGUCGGCACAGACACCCCGCCCCAAACGCCGCCCAACGCCAAGGGUCAGCAGAACCAGCAAGGUCAGGGCGGCCUUGGCGCCGGAGCCUUCCUCGGUGGCUCCACGUCAGGCAGCUACGGCGCCAACAUGGCUGGUGGGCUCUCAUCCUGCUCCCGGGGCUCCACGGCGCCUCUACCCGCACCAGGAGCCGCCGGGGCUCCCGUAGGCGACGCCUCCUUACACCAGCGGUACCAGGGACCCACCUCACACGCCGGCAGCGUAACUCACACCAACACAGGAGCGGCGACUAUGCCCUCCACCGCCUUCACCCCCGUCUACAAGACCUCUCAGCAGGGUGGGCCGCAGGUUGCACAGCAGACGUCGCAAAUGGCGAACCAGCAGCAGAUGCCAUGCCAGCAGUCGCAGCAGGUACAAGGGGGCCCCGUCACAGCAGGACCCUACGUGUCGUGAAGCCAGUGUAAUAAGCAGGCAGGUGAUCCCAGUGUGUGGGGCGGCACAACGGGCGUCACUCUCCUGCUGGCGGACAACACGCACCACUAUCUCCAGCAGCAGCAGGACUGGCAGCAGCACCAGCAAGGACAGCAGUAGGAACGGAGGAUGAAAGCGGCUGAGGCGGGUGCGGUCGGGCGGGGGAUCCAUCAUAGUGAACCUUCUCGUUUGUGAGUCAAAUGAGACGUGUUGGCCAGCUGUGGGGAUCCCCGAGGGGCAGCGUGGCCCCGAGCGGGGGGUGGCGCCCCUCCCACCCACGCCACCACCAACCACAUCAAGGGCACUGCUGGUACACACCACUCCACGUCCAGUGGAGGCAAGAGCCCAGCACACGCAGCUGCCCCGCUUGGACCAGAGCUUCAUCCAGUGAUCAACUUCAUUACAUCACCGCCACGCCGCCACACUGCUACAAUGCUCUCCGAACCGCCAGCCCGGCUCUCCUUCUAGGCCGGGCUUCGCGCGUGUUGGUCCCGCCGGGUCGCUUCUACGCGACGUAAACAGCGCUCGGAUCCGAUCGAGUGCCUGUUGAACUGGACCAGCGCACGGCGUCCUGCGUCCAAUUGCCAAACCGUGGUUCGUCCGCUCCCAAGUCUAGUGCGACACAACUAGGAUAUGCUGCCUCCCGCCUGUCGUUCGGGUCUGGUCGGGUACCAGCGCGGCCCGCUGUGCCAUCUGAAUGCUGUCUCUCUACCGGGACUGCUCCGAAGCUCUCGAACCGCACUCGGGCGGGGCAGUUGACCCGCGUGAGCUCCCUCCUGAGCCACGGGCGCACAGCUGACCUAGUACUCAAGCAGCACUUACGCAGCAGUGAUGUGCAGUGGUGCAAAACGGGCCCGAGAUGUGUAUAGUGCUUAUGUGUGUCCGCUCGUCGGACGGAUGACUAAACACUUAACUAUGCUGUGUUCAGCUGCGUCCCAGAGAAGCAACAGUGCCUCUCUCGCCUACCCCAGUGCAGCAGCAGUGCCUGAUCCUCAGCCAGCUGAGGGCAGUGUCACUUGUGGACAGUGUGUGCCAUGACCUUCAACUCAUAGUUAACCAGACGGACAUGUACACAUAAUGAUACUGACUGUGUAGUCGCACGAAGAGGUUACUAAAUCAGCACACGGCAACCCACUGCAAGUUUCUUUUGAUUUUUUGUAAAGCUGUAGAUUAUAGGUUAUAUGUUAAGAUACCGAUGAAGAGUUAAUAUUACUACUGAAUAUUAUUAUCUGUGAUAUAGACAUUGACGUAGCUCAAAGGUUUUAGCUGCACUAUUGUUAUCAUCAUCAUCAUCUUCAAAAAAUAUUCGUACACACACUGUGCAAUUUAUCCAGACGUUGGAUUUAAUUCCUUAAAGAAAAUCUAAUUGUAUCGAUUAAAUACUCAGUGCAAGCUACGAUCGCUUGGGGAGAACGAGAAAAAGAGAGAGAGGAAAAAAGUGUAAAUAUAAAUCGCAAGAGUUCAAAAUACACACAACAAAAAGUGGAGAAGUUUACAACUUCUCACGGUGAAGGAAAGAGAACAUAUGGAUUCCCCCAAGCGUGUGUAUAUAUAAAGUAUAAAUACAUAAAUGUGGAUACACGCCCAAACACAAAUGUGGAGAAAAGUGGAUGAGCGCCCGCAAGUGGACGUGGACAAGGACAAGACACCCAAGUGAACGCACUGAAGGCAGUGUGUGUAGUGUUCCAACCCCUUAUCAUUACCACCAAGAACCUCCGCAAACUGAUGAAUGUUUACGCGAAUAGAUGAACCUUCAUUAAUUUUGUAAGUAAUCAUCAACACAAUAUUUAACGAUGUGAUGAGGUUGUGAGUGAACUCAUGUAUGCGUAGUGUGGCCGCAAGAUUGUGAAUAACCUUGACUAAUAGGCCUAUUAUGAUACGUUUUGUUAUAAAAAUAAUAAAAAAAGAUAAUGGUACAUACGUAAGUUAGAAAAAUAAAAACAUUCCUGUGUUUGCGGAUGUUGUCACAAUUGGAUAGACAAGCUAUUUUCAUUCUGACAUUUGUAAUGUAACUUUUAUAUUUGUAUCAUAGUGUCAGCAUUAUUCGCAAUGCUUCUCUGCUAGUGCACAACUCAGACUUAAAAAAGAAAAAAGGAAAAAAAAUGACCCACACGUCACUACAAACUAAGGGUGAAUAUUGCUUGUCCCCUUGUCAUGCAGAGUAGGAUAGCGACGGACUAACCCAGGAAAGGAAAUGGGAAUUUUAGGGACAGAAAUGCUAAAAAAACAAUUUUCAAACCAUUAAUCACCUUUCAGCAUUUCCAUAAUAGUGAAAGCCUCGAUUAAUAUCACUGUGACGUCAUCAGGCUGUGACAUCAUGAGCCUAUGACGUCACGAGAUGCUGUCCUGAAUGUCACCCGUGUAUUAUAUUUUUCUUGUCCUUCUUCUUACGAUUUUAUUUGAAAUAUAUUUUAUGUCAAAUCAGUAAUCUAAUUUUGUGUUCCACUACACAUUUUAUUGAGAUUGGAUUUAUAUAUACAUAUAAAUAUAUAUACAUUAUAGAGAUAAAUCAGAGUCCAGCGUACUCAACUCUUCUCCCAUAUUCAACCAGUAAACUUUAGGCACAGCAUCUCACUUGGUUAUAGACAUUGUAAAUUAUCAAUACAUGUAAGCAUAACUUCGUACUACCUGUUUAAUGAUUCCUAUGUGCCAAACCCGCUUUUCUCCGGGCAUGAUUUUCAAAAUGUAAUUACUUGUACUUUUAAAAAAAUGUUUAACUUAUCAACAGCACUAUAAUUUCCAGAUGUAAUUAGUUUCCUCAAUCCGUUUAUUAUGUGAAAAUACAGUUUUCUGCCUAAACGAUUCGCUUUCUUUUCAUUUUUUUCUUUGUAUAUUUAUCGGGGUCUACACGAGAUUUAAAAAAAUGUAUAUGUAAAAAAAUAAAUCUAUUUAGAAUAUCACUUUCUGACAAAACUUCACUUAAAAAUAUCAUUAACACAUGAAAAUCCCUAAAAACAAGAAAAGGAUGAUUGCGACUGAAAUUAUUUAUUUCACAAAUCCCAUUUUGAACAUGGCCGAUAAACCUGAUAAUUCCAUUUUAUUUUCUUGUAAAAAGAUAAAUUAAUUUCUAAAGAAUACAUAUUAACUACAUAUUUAUAGAUUAGUCAAUAAUGAACAGACCGGACGUAUGUACAUAUAUAACUUGACCAAAAUUAGUUUAGGAAAACCGUAGACGUAUACAGAGAUUCAACAUUUAUGUGAACCCACUGUUUCAUUUUACAAUUAUACAUUAUUUGAGUAGUAAAUUCCUUCGUCCUGAUUGGUGGAGCCUCGCUUGAUGUCUCUGAUUCAGCCAAUCAGCGAUAACAUGAAGACUCCCUGCGAAUUUUAUACAACUAAAAUAAGUUAGAAUUCGAGCCAUGGCACGAGCUUUGAAGGGGUACAUGAGGAGGCUUAUUGUCCAGGUAGCAAAGGAAAAUCAGCCUAAUCAACAGACCCACUUAAGGUCGAAACUGGAUAACCUCGUCACAAGGUAGUUCAUUACCCACUCUUGGUUAGCAAUUACCCUGGCGAGUCUCGAAGAACCGACACGUGAAGGAAAACAGACUACAAAAACCUUAUAUAUAUUUUUUCUCCAAGUCUAGAUUGGUUGUCUGCACGGUCUCCACCUGAAUCCGAGACCGAACCCUAGCCAUUGUAUUUCGACAAAUCCAGUGAAAUAAUCUGGCGGUUUGGAACUAAACUAUUUUCUAGUAGGUCUUUGGCUCCACAAAGGAGCGGAUAACUUUAGCAGGUUCAGCUUGACCAGCUCUCCUGUCUUUUGUUUUCUUUAUCCUGUAGCCAUCAGAUAAAAAGAAUAAAAUUGACAUAUAGAAUAGAAACUCGUGGAAGUUGUGUACAUAUUUAACGACAUUCAUACUGAAAAACAAAUAAUAAACUCGUUUUCUAUGA